CAGCAGGACGCAUUUAAACCUUACAUCCCGCGGGCUUCCGGUCUUGGUGCGGGUGCUGGAGCGGGAUGGAGCGGCGCUGAGUGGAGGCUCCGAGGCGGGGAGAAGCCUGCACAGACCUCUGUGUAGGGGGGUAACACAGCCCCGAGGCUCAAUGGGCGGCCGGAGGUGACACCUUGCUCUGGGCACACCGCGGGACAAUGAAGCUCCUGAAACCCGCCUGGGUUAAUCACAAUGGGAAGCCGAUCUUUUCAGUGGACAUUCACCCCGAUGGCACAAAGUUUGCUACUGGAGGACAAGGGCAAGACUCUGGAAAAGUUGUCAUAUGGAAUAUGCCACCUGUGGUUAAGGAGGAAGAUGAAAAGAAUGAAAGUAUUCCCAAGAUGUUGUGCCAGAUGGACAACCACCUAGCGUGUGUGAACUGCGUUCGAUGGUCCAACAAUGGAGCAUAUUUAGCAUCUGGAGGAGAUGACAAGCUUAUCAUGGUGUGGAAAAAAUCUGGGUUUAUUGGACCCAGUACUGUUUUUGGCUCCAGUAAUAAACUUGCGAAUGUAGAGCAAUGGCGCUGCCUAAUCAUUCUCCGGCAUCAUUCUGGAGAUGUAAUGGACGUGGCAUGGUCUCCUCAUGAUGCCUGGUUAGCUUCUUGUAGUGUGGAUAACACAGUGGUAAUAUGGAAUGCACUGAAGUUUCCAGAGAUUAUUGCUACAUUGAGGGGCCACUCCGGACUGGUGAAGGGACUUACUUGGGACCCUGUAGGAAAGUACAUUGCUUCUCAAGCUGAUGACCACAGCCUGAAGGUCUGGCGAACCAUGGACUGGCAGCUAGAAACCAGUAUCACCAAACCAUUUGAUGAGUGUGGAGGGACCACCCACGUCUUGCGUCUUAGUUGGUCCCCUGAUGGACAUUAUCUGGUAUCGGCACAUGCAAUGAACAACUCCGGGCCAACAGCCCAAAUUAUUGAGCGUGAUGGUUGGAAAACCAACAUGGAUUUUGUGGGGCAUCGAAAAGCAGUCACUGUUGUGAAAUUUAAUCCAAAAAUCUUCAAAAAGAAACAAAAGAAUGGAAGCUCCAAUAAGGCUAGUUGUCCGUACUGCUGCUGUGCAGUAGGUAGCAAGGAUCGUUCACUUUCUGUGUGGCUCACCUGCCUUAAAAGACCAUUGGUGGUAAUCCACGAUCUGUUUGACAAAUCUAUUAUGGAUAUCUCAUGGACGUUGAAUGGGCUGGGCAUACUGGUGUGUUCAAUGGAUGGAUCAGUCGCUUACUUGGAUUUUUCACAAAACGAGCUGGGUGAUCCAUUGAGUGAAGAGGAGAAGAAUAACAUCCACCAAAGCACUUAUGGAAAAAGUCUUGCCAUCACAGCUGGGUCACAAAUUCCCAACACCAUUAUAGAGAACCCUGAAAUGCUAAAGUUUCAACAGAGGCAGCAGGCACAGCAGGAUGGAGAUCAUGGUGCAGCUACACAGAGGGAAAGCCAGGCUCCAAAAGUAGCCAGUAUGGUAAAUGGAGAGAGCCUGGAAGACAUCAGAAAGAAUCUUUUAAAGAAACAAGUGGAAACACGGACAGCAGAUGGUCGUCGGAGGAUAACGCCAUUGUGUAUUGCCCAGCUGGACACUGGAGACUUUUCUACAGCAUUUUUCAAUAGUAUCCCAAUAUCAGGGUCACUGGCAGGGUCUAUGCUCUCCUCUCAGAGCAACCAGCAGCUCAUAUCUGUGGAUUCCAACACAACUAGUUCACAGGGGGCCAAGUCAAGCCUGGACCCUAUGGGAAAUGCAAAGUCCACUGAAGAAACUCCAAACAAAGAGAGUGGAAAUGCUCCGGCUACUCCUACGGCCCUCAUAGGAGUCUCAACUCAGCCUAAGAUUGAACCUAUGAAAGCACUAGACUCACGAUUUACAGAGCGAUCAAAAGCCACCUCGGGCACAACAGGGGUUUCUCACACCAACCAGACUUCUGCAGACAAACCGAAAGAUCAGAAUGCUACUAAAGAAGCAAAGCAACGUGAUCUCUUGGACAGCAGCAGUGACAGCGAAGAAAAGAUUGUAACCAAAUCUCUUUCCAAGCGAAAGGUUGAAACGGACGGCGACCUUGGUGAAAAAAGAAAGAAGGGAAGACCUCGGAAAGACUCUCGGCUUAUGUCCGUCUCUCUUGCUGUGCAGUCUCAAGUGGCAACAACUUCUGAGAAGGAGUUAACAUGUGUAACUACACCAGCAUUAACACUCAGGCUGCCAACUCCAGCCUCUUUGAAAUCCUUUACUGUACAGAUAAGCUCAGAUCCAUCAAUGUAUAUUGAAGUAGAAAAUGAAGUCCGGGUAGUGGCAGGAUCAAAGCUGAGCCGGCUAAAGUGUAAUCGGGAAGGAAAGGAGUGGGAGACUGUACUGGCAAGCCGAAUCCUUGCAGCAGCUGGCAGCAAUGAGGUAGUCUGUGUGGCCUGUGAAAAGCGAAUGUUGUCCAUGUUUUCUGGUAGUGGAAGAAGAGUAUUCCCACCUAUCAUCCUGUCCUCCCCUAUUUCUGCAUUGCAAUGUACAGGUUAUUAUGUCAUGGCACUUACAGCCACUGCUGCUUUGUCUGUCUGGGAUGUCCAGAACCAGGCAGUUGUUGUAAAGGACGAGUCUUUACAGCCCAUUUUAUCAGGAAAUGAUAUGACAGUUACUCAGACAUUGCUUACCCAGAGAGGUAUACCUGUGCUAAGCUUGUCCAAUGGCAAAGCUUAUUGCUUUAAUCCUGCACUCUCCACAUGGAACUUGGUAUCUGACAAGCAAGAUUUCUUGGCGCAGUGCGCAGAUUAUAGGAACUGUUUGUCCUCACAGGAUGCAAUAUUGUGCUCCGGACCACUAGCCAUAAUUCAAGGACGAGUGUCUAAUGCAGGCAGACAGGCUGCUCGUCUUUUCACAAUGCCUCAUCAGGUACAGCAGGAGACUACCAUGGCCUACCUGGAGAACCAGAUUGCAGCUGCCCUCAUGCUACAGUCCAGCCAGGAGUACCGAUACUGGCUGCUCAUCUAUGCACGCUUCCUUGUUAAUGAAGGUUUUGAGCAGAAGCUGCGGGAGGUUUGUCAGGAUCUUCUGGGCCCAGUCCAUCGCUCAUCUGGCAGUCAGUGGGAAUCAAGAAUCUUGGGUUAUCCGAAAAGAGAGCUGCUGAAGGAACUUCUCCCACUUAUUGGACAGAAUCUUCGAUUUCAGCGACUCUUCACGGAAUAUCAAGAGCAAUUGGACAGUUUAAGGGACAAAUAACUUUGGUUCACAUUCAGAUCCUCGUUUUUGGUUGUUCUCCUUUUGCGUAAAUGCCUGCAAGUUUAGGCAGAUGGAACAGCAAGGCAGCUUCCACUGUGAAAAACAAUGGUGCUGAGGGGAAGAUGCAUGGACAUUGGGAUGACACAAUGUGCUCUAGCCUGUUGAGCACCAGCUAGAAGCCCUGUAUCUAUUCGGUCUUUCACAUUUGAUGGAAGACUGAGAAUUUGUUAAAACAUUAGAAAUUGAAUGAGAGGAUAAUAGUCGUCGUUUGCAAGAAAAGCACAGUAUGUUAUUGAAACACUUGAAUUGCGCUACCCUAUCCAUAAUAGGGGUUGUGUCCCAUUGCUUAGCCAAGAUCUUGCACUAUAUAAAGUAACAAUGAUCGCUGCAAUAGAGUCGUAUUGCCGCCGAAUUUCACCUUUGAAUAGGAGAAGAAUGCUGCCCCAUCACAGACUAUUUUUGUAUUAGACUUUGCUAACUUGUAAUAACAUUUUCAAAGUCCAACCCCAAAAACCUACAUGUCUGCUGAAUGUAGGAUGCUAUCAUGAUGAAUACUGUGUCUAAGUAAUCCAAUAGACGAUUCUGUACUCAUUCAGUUUUUAAUUUUCAAAUCUUUGUAAAAGACAGGGUUUUUUCCAUUCCUUUUCUAAUUAC